AAUAUCACUAUGUCUCACACAAAUACCAGGCUCGGCGGCGGCGCUUUCAACCACGGACCCAGCAGCAACGCCGAGGCAGAAUACGAUCGAUUGCGCGAUCUGGCCCGUAAAGAACAAGGGCAGCACCAGCAUUAUGCGGCAGAAGCACGAAGGGCAUACGAGAGCGGUGAUGGCGGAAGGGCCCACGACAUGAGCACGCAGAGCAAGAAUCACGCAGCGAAAGCCGAUCAGUACAACAAGCAAGCUUCCGAGUUCAUCUUCCGCGAGAACAACUCCAUGGGCAAAGUCGCAGGCGAUACUAUCGAUCUGCACGGUCAAUUCGUGGAAGAGGCGGAGGAAAUUUUGGAGCAACGUAUUAAAUACGCUCAGAGUACGGGACAGUCACACCUCCACGUUAUUGUCGGAAAAGGAAACCACAGUCCUGGCCAUAUUCAAAAGAUCAAGCCUCGCGUCGAGCAAGUAUGCAGGGAGCUUGGUCUGCAAUACCGGACCGAAGCGAACGAAGGCCGCAUGUACAUUGACCUGCAAGGUGGAGCCGUCCACCAGAUGCCGGCGUAUCACUAUCAACAGCACGAGCCUCAGCAUUCGCAGUACGGCAAGCCGCAUUACGAAACUGCAUAUCCAAUGGGCAACACGCCAAAUUACGGCAAUGGCGGAGGGUAUCCCGGACAGCAACCAAUGCAAUACGCUGGGCAGACCAACUAUCCCGGAGCACCGCAGCAGCAAAUGCAAGUCCAGGAGCCGAGCAAGAAGGAGAGCAGCUGCUGUGGCCUCUGUGUUGUCAUGUAA